UCAACUACGAAUAAAAUGGCUGGGCUGGUCACUAAGGCUAUUAAAUGGUCUGCGAAGCAAAUAAAGAAGCAGAAUCUGUUCGAUGAAAGCAUAUCACUGACGCAUAAGACGAAGAAUAAUUUCAUGGCGUUUAUGGCAGGGCUGGUGUCUAUAGCCAUGAUGGUGUUUUUGAUAGGAAUUGGGAUUAUCUUAGCAAUCAGAAUGAUCAAGAAAUCAGAGAUGCAAUGGAACCAGAAUACCACAAGGGCCUCCCUCCGAAGUGAUACAACCCUUGUAAAUGUUACAGAGGCUGAUAUGAUAUCUGUGCGAGUAGUUCUAACAAGUAUUUUGCCUGACUAUUAUGCUUAUGAUUUGAAUCAAAUUUUCAAUAUAUCCUUUGGGAAUAUAGAGCAAACUUAUGCAGAAGAUUUUGAAGCUGAGAUUAAGGAGGCAAAUUUAACUUAUGCAAGGUGUACAAAAUAUGAUUUUCCUGAAUCCAGGCUUCAUCCAAGCCUUGAGAAAUAUACUGCAACUGGCCAGAUUAAGCAGAUGUGUUUUAAUCUUACAGGAACAUCUAUCGCUGGAAAUUCUAAUAGUAGAGAUUUAUACAAAUAUGUGAGACUUCAUCUGAGCCUUAGGUCUCAAUUCAUAGACAUUAUGAAAGAAAGCAAGUUUUCACUUCAGUUCGAGAUCCAGAGUAGGUAUGUGGACCUAAAUGACCUGGAUAACCCUAUCAAGUCGAUAUAUUGGGAUUAUACAUUAGGCACUGUCGGUGACCUUGAAAACUGGGGAGCCCACAGAUACAAAUUUGAUAUCUUGAGGAAUGAAGUCGAGCUUCAAGACACCUGGUGGAACUUCCUAUCCAAUCCUACAACUAAGGAAUUCAAGAGUGUUGAUACAGAUUCUUAUAAUUAUGAGAGACUUGGAGAUUAUUUAGCAACUCUUUAUACUAUUGACUUUAGCCUGGGUGAGAAGACUAACCAAUACGGUCGUAAAGUUCUCAACUUCCUUGAUGUAACUGGAGUCGUCGGAGGUCUCUUCGAGAUCCUAGACAUAUUUGCUGGAAUCAUCAUUGGAUACUUGUACACUUACAACUUGAAGAGAGAGAUCACCAAGGACUUGGUAAAGGCAGAUAACAAGAUUCAGGAUUUGCAGAAGAGCAUCGAUGAAAUACUCAAGAAAGACCAAGUGGGUCAAGAACAAAACAAUGUUGAAGUCUUACAAAGAGUAAACAGGGAUGAAUGAAAAGAGAGUUCUAAAAAGAUAGAAGAUUGAAAAGAGGAAAUUAACAGCAUUGUAAAAUUUCAAAUAGAGAACAGUCAAAUGACUAGCACUCAACAUUUUCUUAAAAACACUCAAAAUCCUCAAAGACUAUCCAAAGUAAAGCCAAUUCAAUACAAAUCUCCACUCUCUUCUGAACUCCAAUCACUCAAAAACCAUAAUACCUCACACACCCCUCCAGUUCCCUCCAAACACCCUUCCGCCACCCCCUCUCCCCCUACCAAUCUGAACCCAGACAAGUUCCUGAAAGAACACCUCGACUGCGUCAGCCUAGUCUUCGCCAUCAGAACCCUCCAACUCAAAGUCCAGUACUUGUUAGCCAAAGAUGCCUGUUUACUAUCUUCUCCAUCACAAACUCAGUCCCCUCUCAUUCAACCUCCAACCCAGCCAAUGAAAGCACCUUCAAUCUACCAAAAGAUUCAGCAAAUAACAAAGAAAAAUUCAGAAAGCACCAAAAACUUAAAGAACUUAAGGAAGGAUCUAUAUAAACUUUAAAGACUGUAUCAAUAUCUUUGGUUAAUUUCUUGCUACUUUAAUAUUUUUGAAGACAAUUACUCCUCUGAAAUAAAAUAGUCAGCCAGUGAAAUACUACUUCAGUGGUAAAGCUGCUUUUACUUUCAAUCAUCAAAACAUGCCUCUAAAGAAUCAGGAUCAUAAUGGUUCUGUAGUAAAGGUUUUUAAUAAGUUAGAUGAUAGCCUCAGAUAUUGGUAAGGCUGUACCUUUAAAACUCUUCAGAAUAGCAUUAAUGAAUGAAAUUAAAGAUUGGUGACAGUCUGAGGUGUUAUUAAAUGAUAUUCUAUAUUUUGACAAAUUUUACUUCGGAUAUGGAAGGAUCGAGGUUUUGAUAAGUCAGUAUUUCUUCAUAAAAUAUAAAUUAAACGAUACAUUUUGGAAAAACAAUUACUAAUCUUUUGGAGCUUAAUUAGUUGUACUCUAAUCAGGUUAAUAAGAAGUCUUGACACAGGAAUGAUAGCCUCAAAAUUGAUUUCCCAGUUCAGCCAGGUCUAUAAUCAAUUGCUUCUUUUGGGAAAUUUAAAUGAUUAGUAUACACACAAAGGAGGGGAUUAGUAAGAAAUGGUAUAGAGCUAGGAAUGAUAAAAUAUUCCUUAAAGUAGUGAUCUAAACUAAAUAGCCAAGCUCUGAGUCCUCUUUCUUAACUUAAAACUCUGAAACAGCUGCGUUCAGCACCUUAAUUUUGUCUUCUUCUGAAGCCUUUUC